UAGUUUAUGUAUCGAUACGUUUAUAUGAUAUUAAGCGAGAAAAAGUCUCUUAGUUAUUUCAAGGCAUAUUUAUCAAUAUAUCACUAAUUAAUAAUGAUUCUCGAAAAGACUAUUCUCCGUUAAAGGUAAAAUAAAAUAGAAAGCAGGUGUAGUAGCGGAAUGAAAACAGGUGGAUAUUUCGAUUUAUGAAAUAGCCAUUGACUCUAACCGUUAUUUCAAUGCCACUUGCUCGAAUUCCAUUAGUGCCGUCAGUAUUGCUUAAGAGAAAAAUAGCGUAGCGUGUGCGUUACUGGCUAGUUAGAUACUUCAGAGUUGAGGCACUCAUCGUUUGCCAGUGCUCCAGAACUAUAAUGAAUAACUCUGUUGUCGUCAAAAUUCCUUGCGGUAGUCUACGUGGCGUUGUUGAACGCAGCUUCGAGGGCUACGAUUAUUGUGCCUUUAAAGGUAUACCAUACGCCGAGCCGCCCGUCGGUCAACUCAGAUUCAGAGAUCCAAUUCCGGUCAAGCCAUGGUCAGGUGUGCGGGAUGCAACGAAUUUUGGACCUAUGUGCAUUCAAAACGACUUCAUGUCACGAAGUAUUGUUGGCAGCGACGACUGCCUUUAUUUAAACAUCUACGUAAAGUUUGUUGAUCCUAAUAAUCAUUUACCUGUUAUGGUAUUUAUCCACGGGGGCGGAUUCAUCUUUGGCAGUGGAGAUGAUUUGUUUUAUGGACCAGAUUACCUUUUAAGAAAAGACAUCGUUCUUGUUACGUUUAAUUAUAGAUUGGGUGUACUCGGUUUUCUAAAUUUUGGACAUGAAGUUGCGCCAGGAAAUCAAGGCCUUAAAGAUCAAGUUAUGCUUCUACAAUGGGUGAAUAAAAAUAUUAAACAUUUUGGCGGUGAUCCAUCAAAUAUAACAAUUUUCGGUGAAAGUGCGGGAGGUUCAUCCGUACAUUACUUAACGCUUUCUAGUUUAGCGACAGGUCUUUUCCAUAAGGCUAUUUCACAUAGUGGUGUGGCAUGUAAUCCUUGGGCAUGCACAUCCGAUAUACAAAAUGCGUACAAAUUAUGUAAAAAUUUGGGAAAAGAUUCCACUGAUCCUAAAGAACUAGUGGACUUUCUACGAUCAAUUGAUUGUACUAAAAUAAUACAGGCUCAGGAGAAUAUGCGAUCUUACGAGAAUAGAUUAUAUUGCACAGUUGUUUUUGGCCCAGGAGUUGACAACAAGUCAAAAGAACCAUUUAUGCCAAUACAUCCAUUAAAAGCUAUGGAAAAAGGGAUUAAUGUACCGCUUAUCAUAGGGUGCAAUGUUUGUGAAGGAAUUAUGAUCUUACCAGGAUUAAAAGAUUCUAUUAUGGAGGAAUUUGAGCACAAUUUUGAAAAAUAUUUAAACCCUGUUAGUAUACUUUUACUACAAAGAAUUGGUAUAACGCCAAAUGAUUUGAAGCAUUACUAUUUCGGUGAUGAAAAAAUGUCUUUAAAGAAUGUUAACAAAUAUAUUGAAUAUUGUACAGAUCUACAUUUUCUGGAAGGCAUUCACAGAGUAAUAAGUUUUCAAACUAAAAAAAGCUCAACUUCGACAUAUUUUUAUCGUUUUACUUACGAUAAAGAAUUUUCAAUUAUGAAAUCAUUUAUAAAUUCUACAUUACCAGGUACAGCUCAUUUUGAUGAUUUACAAUAUAUAUUUAGCAUGCGUAUGUAUGAUUUACUAAAUAUAAAACAUGCAAAACCUGGAACAACUGCAUAUAGAAUUAUCGAGCAAAUAACAGAAAUGUGGGUGAAUUUUGCAAAGUUUGGAAAACCAACUCCAGUAAAAUGUGAUUUGUUACCCAUUGAUUGGUUGCCAGUAUCUUCUGACAAAAAUUUUUGUACUUUAAACAUAAAUGAAGAAUUAAAAAUAGAAAAUACUAUAAGCAUCGAUGAACGUCUGACUAAAAAAAAACAUACAAAAAAUAAACUGUAAAUAAUAGAAUUUAAUAUUUCAAG